AAUCAAAGCAUUCGGUCGGAUAUGGCUUCUCUUCGCGGACGGGGGUUGGUUUGUUGCCUGCUAUUAACGCUGGCCAGCGCAGCAGCACAGAGGAAAUUUAUCAAGAAUCGAUUCGCCUCCGCCUACGAACCAUUCGCCGGAACAUGGAACGAUCAGUUCGACUGGGACUUGAUAAAGGAAGUCCUACAAAAGUCUCCGGGAAACGCGCUGCUGUCGCCGAUCUCGAUCAAGGCGAUGCUGGCGUUGCUGUAUGAAGGCAGUGGUACACUUUCCGAAACACAGCGCGAUCUCUAUCGAACACUGAGCGGUGAGAACCCGCAGGCCAUUGGCAAACUGAGUGACGAUCUGCUACGGUACAAGAGUCAGCAAGGCAGUGGUCUGCUGAUAGCCGAUCGCGUCUACCACGACAGCUCGAUUGAGGUGAAGCAAAAGUUCCUCAGCAUCAUUGGCGCUCAUUACAAUGCGACAACGGAGGCUGUCGAUUUCGGUGACGCUAUCAGUGCCGCAUCACAGAUCAAUCGAUGGAUCGCGCAGAAUACUGGCGGACUGAUCGAGGACGUGGUGCGAUCGGAUGCGCUACGUGACACACUGUUGCUGUUGAUCAAUACGAUCUACUUUAAGGGAAGCUGGUCGGUACCGUUUCAACUGAAUGCUACCGCUGAGCGACCAUUCCACACUCCCGGUCGGCAAGGCACCGGAAAGGCCACCUUCAUGAAACAGCGCGAUCACGUCUUCCAUUAUCGGCGUUCGGAACAGCUGGGGGCUCAGUUUCUCCGAUUGCCGUACCACGCGAACCACCUGUCGAUGAUCGUCAUACUUCCGGACGAACAGGUGACGCUUGGCCAGCUGCUGCAGCGACUAACGGCAGCAUCCGUCCACCAGGAACUGGCCCGGCUGGAAGAGGAAGAGAUCGAAGUUGAACUGCCUAAGUUUACCAUCCGCUACGCAAGCUCGCUUCGGGAAUGCCUGCAAAAUGUCGGACUCGGUCGAGUGUUUACCGAUCAGGCCGAACUCACGCUAAUUUCACGCGGCAAUGCUACUCCCCUAAAGGUCAGCACGAUACUGCAGAAAAGCUGCAUCCUGGUGGACGAGCAGGGAACGGAAGCCACAGCAGCCACCGAAGGAUCCCUCGUGUUCACAAUCCUCAACGAACCGACCAAGUUUAUCGCGAACCGUCCGUUCCUGUUCACGAUCUACGACGAAAGCAACGGCAAUUGGCUGUUCGCCGGGAAAGUCGAAGAUCCGGCUUCUGGCAACCAAUACACUUUCGUUCAGUGUUUUCCCGUGCGGGUUUGCUCAGCCAUGCUUAAGUUAAGCUUCGCGAUACUGUGCUAUUCGGCACUUUUACUUCUUGACACAAACGCUCAACAAUACCCACGUGGGCCAUACCAGAGCAAACGAGAUGUGGAGUUCGAUUUGCAGUUUCUGAAGGAAAUAUUCCGACCUCAAACAACGAACGUCAUCGUGUCGCCGUUUUCGGUGAAAAUCCUGCUCACCCUCAUCUACGAGGCGUCCGACACGAACUUCGGUAACUCGUCUUCGGCCACGAGGCGCGAGCUGGGAGUGGUCAUUCGCAACGACAUCCCUCAAACGCGCUCCUUCUACAAGGAGCUGCUUGCAUCGGCUCAGCGACAGAACAAAGACUUCGAUCUGAACAUCGCCACCAACUUCUUCGUGGACGACUUCAUCGAGGUGAUCAACAAGUACGUGCAGAUCGCGAAGGAGCAUUACGAUGCCUCGGUCGAGAAGGUGUCGUACGCGAACCCCUCUGAGGCGGCCGGUACCAUCAACAACUGGGUGUCGAAGUCGACUCACGGGCGGCUAACGGAGAUCGUCUCGCCAGACGCGCUCGAGGGGGCCGUCAUCACGCUCAUCAACGUGAUCUACUUCAAAGGCCUGUGGUCGUACCCGUUCCCGGAGAUUCCCAACAACGUUCAGCCAUUCCACCGGAGCCAAGGAAAGCCCUCGACUGCGCAGUACAUGGAGCAGAACGGCCAGUUCUACUACGAUCAUUCGGACGCGCUCAAGGCGCAGCUUCUGCGGCUACCGUACCGUGGUGAUAAGCUGGCCAUGUUCUUCAUCCUCCCGGACCAGGACACCUCGGUGACAGAGGUUCUGGAGCGCAUGACCAACGAGGCUCUGCACGUUGCCCUCUGGUACAUGGAAGAGCGCGAGGUCAACGUGACCAUUCCAAAGUUCAAGAUCGAUUUCAGCGAACAACUGAACGAACCCCUCCAGCAUAUGGGCAUUCGUGAAAUUUUCUCCCAACGCGCAUCGCUGCCUCUGCUUGCCCGAGGCGUUGGAGCUCGGAAUGAGGUGCGCGUGUCGAGGAUCUUCCAAAAGGCUGGCAUCACCAUCAACGAACUGGGCAGCGAAGCCUACGCAGCAACAGAAAUCCAGCUGGUCAACAAGUUCGGUGGCGAUGGGGUUCACGUUUUCACCGCCAACCGACCGUUCAUUUUCUUCAUCGAGGACGAAACUCAGGGCACAAUGUUGUUCGCCGGCAAGAUUGAGGACCCACAGGUUUAAGCCAAGGCUCCUGCUUAGUCGCCAAUCGGACCAACGCACCAGCCCCUUUGCAGCCUCUUUUCGAACGUUGGUUCAACAAUAAAGACUCGUGCGCUUCGGCGUUUAGGAUAAAAUGCACACAAAACAACAAGA